AUGUUGACUCUUCAUUUGGUCAAUGAUCAGGUAGUUGUUCAGGAUGUGGCUCAGAUUAAGAGGUUGCGAGAGUUGGGGAUCUGUGGUCUAUUGAUAGGCACUCUUGCAAAGUAUCCUCAACAAAACACAUAUCUCCUGAUACCAUUACUUCUUAGUCAAUAUGAAUCCAUGUGGUUAUAUCGGAAUACGCCCUGUCAGUUAGUGACGUAUCCUGUUGAUUCAAGACAGAAGUUAUUGGAAUCAAGCAAGAGUUCGACGAGCGAUGGUGAGUUCAUUGUCAUACCUGAGUUGGCUCAGACAGAAUAUAUCAUGAAAGAUCUACCAGCACUGUGGAACUAUAACGAUAUCCGAUAUAAGGUCUAUAGCCAAUUAAAGGAGAACGGAUGGUACUUGAUGUCUGGGUUCCGGUUUGGUGGACUCUUUGUAGCGUAUCCUGGAGAUCCACUUAGAUUCCACUCCCAUCUCGUUGUGCUGCCACCGACACCCGAAAUCGAACUCAUCUCACUAAUCCGAGGCGGCAGGUUGGCUUCAGGAGUUAAGAAAGUAUGGAUCUUAGUAGAUGCUAAUGAAGAUAAUACUAAAGAAGAUACCUGUAUGUUCUCAAUCGAAUGGGCUGGGUUUGGUUAA